AUGGCGCCCCUCGAGGUUGAGAGGAGUUCGCAACCGCUCUCACCGGAUGCAAGUGACGAAGAGAACCGUAAUGAGAGCACACGUGAAUCAUCGGAGUCACCGGCUUAUCACUGGCCAAUGGAUGAAGACGAAGCCGAGGAUGAGGAAGACCCAGACUACGAGGAUGAACCCGAUGAAGAAGAUGAAGACGAUCUUCAAGGCAAGUUCAAACCGAAUGGAGGUGAUGACGACGACGACGACGAAGACGAGGACGAGAUUGAAGGAGUCACUGAUACGCAACGACUCGUAAACAUUGUACGGACCGGUGCUAGAACAGGACUGCUAACACGGAGACAACUUAUUGCCUUGAUGCAGAGCCCCGAUCUUACCAGUGUUUUAUUCCAAGAUAAUCCUGGGGAGGACGCCGAGUUCUUGAACAACUGGCCUUUCAACCGACGUCUAACACCCAAGGACCCGAAUCGCUUCCCGAAAGUGCCUAGUGAGCAGGGCUUGAAGCUUAUGCGAUCAGGAGCAUUUGGUGCAAAUAACUACAACCCCAGAGCAAAGAGGCCACUUGCUAGUCUGCUACCGAAAUCACGAGCCGAGAAGAUCAUUCACUUCGACGACCCCGUGUAUUCUGGACAGUUUUCGGACGAUGGAAACUUCUUUUUUGCCUGCUCUCAAGACUUCAAAGUACGAAUGUACGACACCUCCAGCCCAUACAAUUGGAAGCAUUACAAGACAGUCAGCUACCCAUGGGGACAAUGGACACUCACAGAUGCAUCAUUAAGUCCCGACAACAAAUGGCUCGCGUAUACUUCAAUCCAGAGUAUGGUCUCCAUAGCUCCUACGGAUCCAAAUGAUACUGGAGAUCCCUAUACACUGGAUUUAGACAACGGCCCACCACAUGGAUAUCACGGGCGACGCGGCUUCGGUAUCUGGUCUGUCAGGUUCUCAGGCGAUGGAAGAGAACUGGUGGCUGGAACGAGCGCGGCCUCAAUCGUGGUAUAUGACAUCGAGUCUCGGAGAGUUCUUCACCACGUUCGCGGCCACUCGGAUGAUGUCAAUGCCGUGUGCUUUGCUGACAAGAUGUCACCGCACAUACUUUAUUCGGGCUCCGACGAUACAACGAUCAAGGUCUGGGAUCGGAGAAGCAUGGGUGAUCACCGAGAAGCUGGCGCUUUUGUCGGCCACAUCGAAGGCUUGACAUACAUCGACAGUAAGGGAGAUGGACGGUAUAUUCUCAGUAACGGAAAAGAUCAGUCAAUGAAACUAUGGGAUAUACGAAUGGCCAUGUCAACCGAUCGAUUCAAUGAACUUGAUCCGACAGCACAUGCAAACACCAGUGGCUUCGAUUACCGGGGUGGCAUAUAUGACGACGAGGACUGGGAUGUGCACCCCCAUGAUAAUUCGCUUGUGACCUUCCGAGGCCACAAGGUCCUUCGAACUCUUAUACGAUGUCACUUUUCACCCCCGACGUCCACUAAUUCACGAUAUGUAUACUCGGGCAGUACCGAUGGCAAGGUAUACAUUUGGAAUAUGGAUGCGAGCUUGGCUGGAAUCAUAGAUGUUAAGAAAGCUACUAUACGCACUCGUCCAAUGGAUAAUCGACACCGCUUCUACCAUUUCGAUGAACCAGGCAAUUGGGGCACUUGUGUCCGCGAUGCAAGCUGGCAUCCCACUGCCCCUCUCCUUGUUGCGUCUGCUUGGAAUGGAUAUAACAUGGCAAGAGGAACGUGCACGCUACACUCGUAUAACGACAACGUGGAUGAUGAAGGAGAACCACCGAUGGGCCAGAGUGUCAACCACUUGCUCAAGGAACAACCUGAGCUAUACCAGAACUCAACAUAUGGGGUGCGUUAG